AUGUCUGACCCAGUGGACCAAGUGACCGAACAGGUCGCCAAGACCUACCUUGACGAUGUUACAGGAGAGUACGUCAGCAAGACCGAAUUGAAGAAGAGACAGAAGACUAGACAAAUCGAGGCCAGAAAGGCUGAAAAGGCUGAGAAGAACAAGGACAAGCAGCCAAAGAAGAAGGAGAACAUGGCUGACUUGAACCCUAACCAGUACUUCGAGCAGAGAUCCCGUCAAAUUGAUGACUACAGAAACACUUACGAGUCUGACUCCUCUGUUUUGAACCCAUACCCUCACAAGUUCCACAGAGACAGCACCAUCCCUCAGUUCGUGGAGAAGUACUCCUCGUUGUCUAGAGGUGAAACCAAGAAGGACACCCAGGUUAGCCUUACUGGUAGAAUCAUGAACAAGAGAGAGUCUGGUUCCAAGUUGAGAUUUUACUUCUUGAAGGGUGACGGUAUCCAGGUCCAGGUUAUGGCCCAGGCCCAGGACUACGAGUCUCUUGAGGCUUACGAGAAGAUCAACGACAACUUGAAGAGAGGUGACAUCAUUGGUGUUGUUGGUUACCCAGGUAGAACCUCCCCAGCCAAGGGUGGUGAGGGUGAGCUUUCUAUCUUUGCUCAGCACAUUGAACUCUUGACCCCAUGUUUGCACAUGUUGCCUGUCGAGCAUUUCGGUAUCAAGGACCAGGAAACCAGAUACAGAAAGAGAUACUUGGACUUGAUCAUGAACGACAACGUCAGAGACCGUUUCAAGGUCAGAUCCAAGAUCAUCACCUACAUCCGUAGAUUCUUGGACGAGAGAGACUUUACCGAGGUUGAAACCCCAAUGAUGAACGUCAUUGCUGGUGGUGCUACCGCCAAGCCAUUCGUUACCCACCACAACGACUUGGGUAUUGAUAUGUUCAUGAGAAUCGCUCCUGAAUUGUUCUUGAAGGAGUUGGUUGUCGGUGGUAUGGACAGAGUCUACGAGAUUGGCCGUCAAUUCAGAAACGAAGGUAUUGACAUGACCCACAACCCUGAGUUCACUACUUGUGAGUUCUAUCAGGCUUACGCUGAUGUCUACGACUUGAUGGACUUGACCGAAUUGUUGUUCUCUGAGAUGGUUAAGGAGAUCACUGGUGACUACAAGCUCACCUACCACCCAGAGGGUCCAGAGGGCAAGGCUUUGACCUUGGACUUCGCUAGACCAUGGAAGAGAGUUAACAUGAUUGAGGAGUUGGAGAAGGUCUACAACGUUAAGUUCCCACCAGGAGACCAAUUGCACACUGAGGAGACCGGCAAGUUCUUGAAGCAGAUCUUGAUCGACAACAAGCUCGACUGUCCUCCACCAUUGACCAAUGCCAGAAUGUUGGACAAGUUGGUCGGUGACCUUGAAGACGCCUGCAUCAACCCAACUUUCAUCUUUGGUCACCCACAAAUGAUGUCUCCAUUGGCCAAGAAGGACAGAAAGAUCCCAGGUUUGUGUGAGAGAUUCGAGGUUUUCGUUGCUACCAAGGAGAUCUGUAAUGCUUACACUGAGUUGAACGAUCCAUUCGACCAGAGAGCUAGAUUCGAGGAGCAGGCCAGACAGAAGGACCAGGGUGACGACGAGGCCCAGAUGGUUGACGAGACCUUCUGUAACGCUUUGGAAUACGGUUUGCCACCUACUGCUGGUUGGGGAUGUGGUAUCGACAGAUUGGCCAUGUUCUUGACUGACUCUAACACUAUCAGAGAGGUCUUGUUGUUCCCAACAUUGAAGCCAGAUGCUACCACCAAGGCAGAGGAAGCUUCUUCCGUUGAACCAUCUAAUUAA